AUGUUAAUUCGCAAACCACGACCACCACCACAUCCCACUGUGGCAAAUGAAACUGUUAGUUCCACGACACCCUCAGCAGUCUUCAACACUGUGGAGAUUCCCUACACCGGCACAGAUGACGCUGUAGGGUCUAUUCCAAUUACGACAAUUCCGCCAAGCGGAACUGUGCCUGGCACGAUUAUCAUUGGAGUAAGGCCUGCCGUAUUUGUGACAACCACGGUUGUCUACACUAUCGAUGGAGAGGAACAGUCCGGAAGUAUCAUAACAAUUUCCACAGUUCCUCCAAGAGGAUCAAUUCCAGGAACGUUUAUCGUUGGGGCAGCCGUCUUUCGCCGUUUCAUUACUACCACAGUUCGGUACACCCCGACUGGGACUGAGAGAAUUACCGCUCCAACAACUCUGACCACAAGAGCACCUUCAGGCACAGUUCCAGGGGUUAUUGUGAUCAUUGUCCCAGAAUCCUCGGAUACCAUAUCCAUCACAUCCGCACUCUCCAGCAGCACAUCAUCUACUAGCAGUGAGACUAGCACCAUAACGUUGUCCUCGUCAUCGACCACAAGCACAACAAUCUCACAGACUACGGUGGUGUCAGACACUACAACUACUUCAACUUCGAGUUCAACAGGAUCCAAUACUUUUAGCACAACUAUCAAUACGUCAAUCAUAGAUACUUCCUCAACGAUAAGCAGCACAACAGAGGACACUUCCAGCAUUACUCCUACCCUAUCAUCAUUUUCGUCUCAAACAGAUUCUUCUCUAUCGAGUGCAGCUACUUUUACACCCCCAAGCAUUACUAUCACCACGUCUUCCAGCUCGCUUCUUACACUUUCUCCGCCAAGUACAGAUACAUCAGGUCCUGGAACCACAACAACAGAGACAACAAUCCCAUCACUUUCCGCACCUUACGUCACCACGUCGAUUCUUUUUACUGGUUCUGGUACUAUUACAGGGCCGAUAGCUAUAUCGACGAUCGAGCCAAGCGGAACCAACCCAGGAACAAUCAUUAUCGCAACUCCAGCAGCGGUGUACGUCACCACAUCAGUCCUCUAUACCGGCACAAACACAAUUACUGGCCCAAUCCCAAUCUCCACGAUCGAGCCAAGCGGAACCAACCCAGGAACAAUCAUUAUCGCAACUCCAGCAGCGGUGUACGUCACCACAUCAGUCCUCUAUACCGGCACAAACACAAUUACUGGCCCAAUCCCAAUCUCCACGAUCGAGCCAAGCGGAACCAACCCAGGAACAAUCAUUAUCGCAACUCCAGCAGCGGUGUACGUCACCACAUCAGUCCUCUAUACCGGCACAAACACAAUUACUGGCCCAAUCCCAAUCUCCACGAUCGAGCCAAGCGGAACCAACCCAGGAACAAUCAUUAUCGCAACUCCAGCAGCGGUGUACGUCACCACAUCAGUCCUCUAUACCGGCACAAACACAAUUACUGGCCCAACCCCAAUCUCCACGAUCGAGCCAAGCGGAACAAACCCGGGAACAGUCAUCAUUGCAACGCCGGCUCCUUUCUACGUUACCACGACCAUCCUUUACACUGGACCGAGUACCAUUACAGGGCCGAUAGCUGUAUCGACGAUCGAACCGAGCGGAACAAACCCGGGAACAGUCAUCAUUGCAACGCCGGCUCCUUUCUACGUUACUACCACUAUCCUUUAUACCGGGCCCAGCACCAUUACUGGCCCAACACCGAUAUCUACAAUCGAGCCCAGCGGAACUAAUCCAGGGACAGUCGUCAUUGCAACUCCAGCAGCUGUAUAUAUCACCACAUCGGUCCUCUACACCGGGCCCAGCACCAUUACUGGCCCAACACCGAUAUCUACAAUCGAGCCCAGCGGAACUAACCCAGGGACAAUCAUCGUUGCGACACCAGCUCCGGCAUUUGUUUAUGUUACUUCUUCAGUGUUAUACACCGGCCCUGGCACCAUUAGUGGUCCAAUACCCAUAGCAACAAUUGAACCAAGCGGAACCAACCCAGGGACAAUCAUUAUUGCAACGCCGGCUCCUGUUCUUACUUAUGUUACUACUUCGAUCCUGUAUACCGGCCCGAGCACAAUUACCGGCCCAACCCCAAUAUCCACAAUCGAGCCAAGCGGGACUAACCCAGGGACAAUCAUCGUUGCGACACCAGCUCCGGCAUUUGUUUAUGUUACUUCUUCAGUAUUAUACACCGGCCCUGGCACCAUUAGUGGUCCAAUACCCAUAGCCACAAUUGAACCAAGCGGAACCAACCCAGGAACAAUUGUUAUCGCAACGCCGGCUCCUGUUCUUACUUAUGUUACUACUUCGAUCCUGUAUACCGGCCCGAGCACAAUUACCGGCCCAACCCCAAUAUCCACAAUCGAGCCAAGCGGAACCAACCCAGGGACAAUCAUUAUUGCAACGCCGGCUCCUGUUCUUACUUAUGUUACUACUUCGAUCCUGUAUACCGGCCCGAGCACAAUUACCGGCCCAACCCCAAUAUCCACAAUCGAGCCUAGUGGAACGAACCCAGGAACUAUUGUUGUUGCAACACCAGCUCCAAUUCUUACGUAUGUUACUACGUCGAUCGUGUACACUGGCCCUGGCACCAUUACUGGACCAAUACCCAUAUCUACUAUUGAACCAAGCGGCACUAAUCCAGGAACAAUAAUCAUCGUGACGCCAGCAUCUGUACCUAUCUAUGUUACAACAUCAGUCCUCUACACCGGUUCGAAUACUAUCACCGGUCCAACACCAAUAUCUACUAUUGAACCGAGCGGGACUGUCCCGGGUACUAUUAUUAUUGCAACGCCAGCGCCUCUAUAUAUAACAACGACAGUGCUCUAUACCGGUCCAGACACUCUUACAGGUCCGACAGCUAUUUCUACUAUUGAGCCUAGUGGAACUGUCCCAGGCACUGUUAUUGUUGCAACGCCAGCGGCUUCAUAUGUGACGACAACAGUCCCCUACACUGGUUCGAAUACUAUCACUGGUCCGACGGCUAUUUCUACUAUUGAGCCUAGUGGAACUGUCCCAGGCACUGUUAUUGUUGCAACGCCAGCGGCUUCAUAUGUGACGACAACAGUCCUCUACACCGGUUCGAAUACCAUCACCGGUCCAACGCCAAUAUCUACAGUCGAGCCCAGUGGAACUGUCCCAGGCACUGUUAUUGUUGCAACGCCAGCGGCUUCAUAUGUGACGACAACAGUCCCCUACACUGGUUCGAAUACUAUCACUGGUCCGACGGCUAUUUCUACUAUUGAGCCUAGUGGAACUGUCCCAGGCACUGUUAUUGUUGCAACGCCAGCGGCUUCAUAUGUGACGACAACAGUCCCCUACACUGGUUCGAAUACUAUCACUGGUCCGACGGCUAUUUCUACUAUUGAGCCUAGUGGAACUGUCCCAGGCACUGUUAUUGUUGCAACGCCAGCGGCUUCAUAUGUGACGACAACAGUCCUCUACACCGGUUCGAAUACCAUCACCGGUCCAACGCCAAUAUCUACAGUCGAGCCCAGUGGAACUGUCCCAGGCACUGUUAUUGUUGCAACGCCAGCGGCUUCAUAUGUGACGACAACAGUCCCCUACACUGGUUCGAAUACUAUCACUGGUCCGACGGCUAUUUCUACUAUUGAGCCUAGUGGAACUGUCCCAGGCACUGUUAUUGUUGCAACGCCAGCGGCUUCAUAUGUGACGACAACAGUCCUCUACACCGGUUCGAAUACCAUCACCGGUCCAACGCCAAUAUCUACAGUCGAGCCCAGUGGAACUGUCCCAGGCACUGUUAUUGUUGCAACGCCAGCGGCUUCAUAUGUGACGACAACAGUCCUCUACACCGGUUCGAAUACCAUCACCGGUCCAACGCCAAUAUCUACAGUCGAGCCCAGUGGGACUCUCCCAGGCACUGUUGUUAUUGCAACGCCAGCGGCUUCAUAUGUGACGACAACAGUCCUCUAUACUGGUUCGAAUACUAUCACUGGUCCAACGCUAAUAUCUACUAUUGAACCGAGCGGGACUAUUCCAGGUACUAUUAUUAUUGCAACGCCGGCGCCUCCGUAUGUGACAACAACAGUCCUCUAUACUGGUACGAAUACUAUCACCGGUCCAACGCCAAUAUCUACAGUCGAGCCCAGUGGGACUAUCCCAGGCACUGUUAUUAUUGCAACGCCAGCGGCUGCAUAUGUGACGAUAACAGUGCCUUACACGGGCCCAGACACUCUCACAGGCCCAUCACCUGCAACCACUAUUGAACCAAGCGGAACCAAUCCAGGAACGGUCAUUAUUGUCACGCCGCCUCCUCUAUAUGUGACGACGACAGUGCUUUAUACCGGCCCAGACACUCUCACAGGCCCAUCACCUGCAACCACUAUUGAACCAAGCGGAACCAAUCCAGGAACGGUCGUUAUUGUCACGCCGCCUCCUCUGUAUAUUACUACGACAGUGCUUUAUACCGGCCCAGACACUCUCACAGGCCCGUCACCGGCGACCACUAUUGAACCAAGCGGAACCAAUCCAGGAACGGUCGUUAUUGUCACGCCGCCUCCUCUGUAUAUUACUACGACAGUGCUUUAUACCGGCCCAGACACUCUCACAGGCCCGUCACCGGCGACCACUAUUGAACCAAGCGGAACCAAUCCAGGAACGGUCGUUAUUGUCACGCCGCCUCCUCUGUAUAUUACUACGACAGUGCUUUAUACCGGCCCAGACACUCUCACAGGCCCAUCACCUGCAACCACUAUUGAACCAAGCGGAACCAAUCCAGGAACGGUCAUUAUUGUCACGCCGCCUCCUCUAUAUGUGACGACGACAGUGCUUUAUACCGGCCCAGACACUCUCACAGGCCCAUUACCUGCAACCACUAUUGAACCAAGCGGAACCAAUCCAGGAACGGUCAUUAUUGUCACGCCGCCUCCUCUAUAUGUGACGACGACAGUGCUUUAUACCGGUUCAGACACUCUUACGGGUCCGACGGCCAUUUCUACUAUCACGCCAAGUGGAACUAUUCCUGGGACUGUUAUCAUUGCAACGCCGGCGCCUCUGUAUGUGACGACGACAGUGCCUUAUACUGGCCCAGACACCCUCACAGGCCCAUCACCUGCGACUACUAUUGAACCAAGCGGAACCAACCCAGGAACAGUCGUUAUUGUCACUCCUCUUCCUCUAUAUGUAACGACGACAGUGCUUUAUACCGGUUCAGACACUCUUACUGGUCCGACGGCCAUUUCUACUAUCACGCCAAGUGGAACUAUUCCUGGGACUAUUAUUAUUGCAACGCCGGCGCCUCUGUAUAUAACGACAACAGUGCUUUACACCGGUCUAGACACUCUGACAGGCCCAACAGCCAUUUCUACUAUUGAGCCUAGUGGGACUGCCCCGGGCACAAUCAUCAUUGCAACACCAAUCGCAGUUUAUGUUACCACAACGAUUUUGUAUACUGGCUCAGACACUCUGACAGGUCCGACAGCCAUCUCUACUAUUGAGCCCAGUGGGACUAUCCCAGGAACAGUCGUUAUUGCAACGCCGGCACCGCUAUAUAUUACAACGACUGUGCCUUAUACUGGCAUAGAUACUAUCACAGGCCCAACAGCUAUUUCUACUAUUGAGCCCAGUGGGACUGUUCCAGGCACAGUCAUCAUUGCAACACCAAUCGCAGUUUAUGUUACCACAACGAUUGUAUAUACUGGCUCAGACACUCUGACAGGUCCGACUGUUAUCUCUACUAUUGCACCGAGCGGCACUGCCCCGGGCACAAUCAUCAUUGCAACGCCUCUCGCAGUUUAUGUUACCACAACGAUUUUGUAUACUGGGCCAGACACUCUCACAGGCCCAACAGCUAUUUCUACUAUUGAGCCCAGUGGGACUGUCCCAGGCACGGUCAUCAUUGCAACACCACAGGCAGUUUAUGUCACAUCGCAAGUGGUCUAUAGCGGCACCAUUCCAAUCACAGGGCCGUUGACCAUUUCAACGGUUGCUCCGAGUGGCACUAACCCAGGUACCUACAUUGUGGCCAGUCAGGUAGCCCUUUACGUUACCUCAGAAGUUACUUAUAGUGGCCCAAGCACUAUCACAGGGCUGACCACUAUUUCAACCAUUGAGCCUGUCGGCACAGUACCUGGGACCUACAUUGUAGCUAGCCCAGCUCCUAUCUAUUUCACCUCACAAGUAGUAUACACGGGCUCUGACACGCUCACUGAGCCGACAACAAUAUCCACUAUUGUGCCCGAUGGAACAGUUCCUGGUACUUACAUCGUAGCAGCAAGGUAUGAGACUCUCGAUAUCAUUUACAGUGGUGCAAGCCCAAUCACUGGGCCUACCGCAAUUUCCACUGUGCCGCCCAGCGGUAGCGUGCCUGGCACUAUCAUCAUAGCUCGUCCUCCUACAUUUGUGACUCGAUCGGAGCAGUACUCCGGCACAGAUGUGAUUACUGGACCUACUCCAAUCACCACUAUACAGCCAAGUGGUACUGCUCCAGGUACAAUUGUGGUUGUAACGCCAGCUCCGCAAACAUCAUAUACCACUAUUACCACUUUCCUCACAGGUUCUGAUGCUGAGACAACUACACUCACGUCAGUUGCCCCAAGUGGCACGGUGCCAGGCACCAUCAUUAUUGGUUUACCUGCAGUUUUCGUAACCCGGUCAGAAGAGUAUUCAGGUACCGAGAUUAUUACCGGUCCUACUCCCAUCACAACAAUACCACCGAGCGGCACUGCUCCUGGCACAAUCAUUGUUGCAACACCAGCUCCACAAACGUCGUAUGUCACCUCGACGCUCUUCCUCACAGUCCCUAAUGCGGAAACAACAACGUUUACCACAAUCGCUCCAAGUGGCACAGUCCCAGGCACCGUUAUUAUAGGCCUCCCCGCUGUUUUUGUCACUGUAAUUGGCCCUUAUACUGGGACAGCUUCGCCGACAGGUUCUACCACUGUUUCAAUUGUUCAGCCAAGCGGUACUGCCCCUGGAACUGUGUAUAUUGAGACCCCCACAUCUGCAGGGGUCACGCCGACGUCCACUCCAACCUCUUUCAGCAGCUCUGAAGAUUUAACGACUUCUACUUCCACCUCCAUUUUGGAGACCACCUCGUCAACAGAAUCAACUAGUUCGGAAGCAUCUUCCACCAUUCUGUCAACCACUCUCAGCACCUCUGAUUUAAUAACUUCCACUUCUAGCUCUCACAUUAACCUCUUACACGUUGACCACCUCUUCCACAUUGACUACCUCUUCUACGUUGACCACCUCUUCCACACUGACCACCUCUUCCACACUGACCACCUCUUCUCCUACGACUACGUCCUCGUCUAUAACUACAUCCUCAUCCUCAUCAUCGUCGUCAUUAACGACAUCUUCCUCAUCCUCCUCCACAUCUUCAUCGACACGGCCCACAACCACAACCACAACUACAACUACCUCAAGCUCUACUGCAAUUCCUCAAGGUCUUCCUCGCAAACAAGUACGAGCUCAACUUCGUCGAGUUCUUCUAGCUCGUCCUCUUCCAGCAGCAGUAGCUCAUCGAGCUCAAGCACAAGGUCCUCUACGACAACUUCAAGCCGCGUGGUUGCUUCGGCCACCCUGGGAGUUGCGUACUCCUGUCCCACACUUGGAUUUCUUGUUCAAAGUGACGAUACUACCGGCGUAACGCUCUAUUCCAUCAAUCUCGCUAAUGGUACCCGUAAUACGGUCGCAACUAACGUCGGCGGAGAUAUCUCCCGCAAUAUCAACGCAUUGGGGUACAAUUCCAGAGAGGACUACAUGUACGCUAUAUCCCAGACAACCGCUACCGGAGACUUCAGGCUUCUUCGUAUCCUCGGGAAUGGACAAACAACCACCAUCACAACCUUUGCCGCAUCUGCCAAGCUCUACUCGGGUCUUUUCAACUCCGGAGAUGUCGAUGAAAACGGACAGUACUGGGCCUCCACCGGCGGUAAUGACUGGUACCAAUACAAUUUUAAUCCUGCUAGAGCCAAUUACAGUCAGCUCAUAAGCCAAGGGCUAGUCCCUGGUGGUCCUCUUGGAUACACCAUUGGCGAUUGGGCAGUUGUGCCAGGUCCUGGGGGAGGUGAUCUUUGGUCUGUCGGCGUCAAAAACUACAUCGGCUCCCUCAUGCGAUGGAACCGAACAAGCCAUGUCUGGACCGUGACCCGAGACCUUGGAAGACUUACGGGCGUUACAAGUGGCACAGCACCUUUCUGGGGCGCGACCUACGCGACAAAGGAGGGUUUCCUAUAUGCUAUUGAAAACAACUCCGGCCAGGUCUGGAGAAUUGCCGUCGACAAUUCGACUGCACCCCAGCAGCAAACGAGCGUCCCGGCUACCAGCAGAAACGAUGGUGCAAGAUGUCUAGACUCUGGUGGUAUCUAG